CAGACAGACUGUUGUAGUCUGUUCUGCACAUUCACAUUGUUCUUUUAAUCAUGGCUGAUCUCCUGCUGCUAGUCGUUCUCAUGUAUUUUUUUCAUGAAAUCAAAGCACAAGCCAGGGUUCCACCUGAACUGACCGUGAAUCCACCUCUGAUCACAGAGAUGGACUCAGUCAUACUGAGCUGUCAGACUCCAUCAUCUGUUUCUGUGCCUCAGUGUGAUUUUUAUAUUGCAAGCCAGAAACUGUCCAAAGGUUCCUCCUGUGUGCAGACACUGACAGCGACUGAGCUGCUGAAGAUCACACAUAAGAGUGUACCUGCUGAGGUUGAAGUGAGAUGUUCUUACACUGUACAGGUUUAUAGUCAUAAACAUACAUCUCCUGACAGCCAGCCAUCCACCAUCAUCAUAAACAAUCUUCGUCCACCUAAACUGACAGUGAGCCCGCUGAUGAUCACAGAGACAGACUCAGUCACAGUGAACUGUCAGGCUGUUUCUGUGUCUUGGUGUUAUUUCAUCAUUACAGGCGAUAAAACAGCCAAAUCAGGUCCUUGUUUGUGGACUCUAACAGGAGCUGAAUUUCUGUCAUGGACACGUAAAAGUUUACCUGUUACAGUUGAAAUGACCUGUUAUUACAUUUUUAAAUAUAAAUCUCCAGUGAGCAACAUGUCAGCAAUCAUCAUACAAACUCCUCGGAGUGAACUGACAGUGAAUCCACAGAUGAUCAUAGAGCCAGACUCAGUCACAGUGAACUGUCAGACUCCAUCAUCUGUUUCUGUGACUCAGUGUUUUUUGUACUUUAUGAGAAGAAGAAAAUCUACGUUCAUCUCCUGUCAGCAGACACUGACAGGAACUGAGCUCCUCUCUUUGGCACAGCAGAGAUCAUAUAUCGGGUUCUGA